AUGUCUGAUGUGUUCAGGGAUGAAUUCAACGCGGAUACAAGUAAUAUCUAUUUAAAAACCACUGCUCUCAUACAACAUAUAUUAUCUGCUACACAUGAAGAAGAGCAGGAGUUAAAAUUAUCAGGUGAUCGGGCAGCUCAACUACGAGAAGUCAAUAACAAGUUACGUGAACGCGUUACGAACGAUGAGAAGCAGGUGGAUUGUAUGAUAUCUAGAUUACAGACCGUGAAGCGGACAAUCGAAGAGUUACGUGCUUCUAUUGAGAAAUCUAAAUCAAUUAAAAUCGCUUAUUUGAAACAAAUUGAAUCUGAAAAUCCUCCUGAAGAUUCAUUUUUCCCAUGUGAAUUCGAAAAUUCUACACUGAUGCAAGUUUAUAAAAUGAUCCAACCAUUCGAACGCCUACUUGGAAUCCAAAUACAGAAAACGCACUCUGGGCUACUACAGUUGCUAUUUCAUGGUUGUUCAGAAGCGCUGGUUAGUAGUGAUGAAGUAAUUGUAUGCUGUUGUCAACUUCGUAUAGUAAAUACUAAUCGCUUUGAAGUCGUGUUGUGUGAUCCACCCGUACCGGAUCUAGAAAGGCUUGUAAACCACCUGAAUUGGACUGAAGAUAUACGGAGUUUUAUUAUUGUAUUAAGACAACGUUUUUGUCGUUACUUUGAAUUAGCUGCAGCAGUUUCGAAUAAAUUAAGCUCUGAAUGA